CAAUCACAUAACAUCUUGCAUCUUGAACAUCAAUCACCUCGACAUACACCGUAACCCAUCGAAUCUCACGAUGGUGAGAUCACGCUAGCAUUCUUGCCUACCCUGCUCCUCAAGAUCGACGAUGCGUCAACUCUCCCCGCCUACCUUUGCCGACGCUCCGUUCUUCUACGAUCGCCGAUCAGGAAGGUUGCACGAACCUGAAGAUGGGAGACAGAUCGAACAUAACGGGCGGACGGUAGCGUACUUUCACCCAAAGGAUGUCGGGUUAUAUCAUUUCGGGAGCUACCAUCCGAUGAAAGCCUACAGGCUUACCCUGACCAACGAGCUCGUGCUCGGGUACGGCCUGCACAAUUAUAUGCAGGUACAUGCGCCGAGAAAGGCGACAGAAGAGGAAAUCGAGCGCUUUCACAGUUCGGAUUACGUGGACUAUCUCUCACGGGUAACUCCCUCUUCGCUCGGCGCGGACAUGGCGCACAAUCGAUCCCUCAAUCUGGGUACAGACGAUCCUACGUAUAUCAACACCCAUCGGAUAGGGGAUGACGACUGUCCAGCGUUCACCGGCCUGUUUCAAUUCUGCCAGCAAUACGCCGGGGCGAGCUUGGCUGCGGCAAGGAAGUUGGCUAUAGGGAGCGCGGAUAUCGCGCUCAAUUGGAGUGGAGGGUUACAUCAUGCGAAAAAGACCGAGGCGAGCGGUUUUUGUUAUGUGAACGAUAUCGUGCUGGCGAUCUUGGAGCUACUCAGGGUACAUCCCCGAGUACUCUACAUCGACAUUGAUAUUCAUCACGGGGACGGCGUCCAGGAAGCAUUCUACCGGUCCAACCGGGUCUUGACCGUCUCGUUCCACAAGUACGGCAACAGCUUCUUUCCCGGAACCGGAGCCGUCGUCGAGACGGGUCUGAACGAGGGCAAAUAUUUCUCCCUCAACGUGCCCCUUCAAGACGGGAUCGACGACGACUCGUACAUCCGGCUGUUCAGGGACGUCAUGGACCCGGUCAUCACGUGCUUCCGACCGAGCGCGAUCGUCCUGCAGUGCGGGGCCGACAGUCUCGCCCGGGACAGGUUGGGGAGCUUCAACCUGUCUAUCGAAGCUCAUGGCGAAUGUGUGAGCUUUAUCAAAUCGUUCAACCUGCCUCUGCUCGUCCUGGGCGGAGGUGGGUAUCGACAGACGUCCGUCUCCCGCUGUUGGACAUACGAGACGAGUAUUCUCGCCGGGGUCGAGGUCCCCACGCAACUGCCUUCUACCCCAUAUGACGCCUAUUUCGAGAAAGACGGUUUCAGCCUCUUGCCUCAGCUCACUUCACCUGGGAUACCGAACAUGAACACGAGGAAAGAUCUCGAAGCGAUCAUGCGGCAGAUCAAGGAACAAUUGAGGGUGUUGAACGGGGCACCUAGCGUGCAGAUGCAAGUCAUCCCGCCGAGUUUGACGGGGACAGACGAUGAUGAUCCGGCCGACGAGGAAAAGGAGGAACAAGAAGUCGGACCCGGUCAAGCGGGGGAGGUGAGGUUCGAGAUCAAGUGAUUAGAUGAGUUGGACAUAAGAUGAGAUGAUAAGAGAUAGACCGGGUAUAAGCGUUGUAUUCGCUCAGAGUCAAGAGCAGCCUGUAUUUUUCGAAAGCACCAUGAGAUAGCGGGGUAAUGCUGAUUGUUUGGGAGCUCAAGAGCAAUUCAGUAUGCUCGCAUCCAAACUAAGCUUUCUGACACACUGAUCAUACGAG